AUGGGCGCUUUUACUCGGCACGCUGAUCGACAACAUGGAAGACCCAGGUUUGUUCCAACUCCUAAGUUUACAGCUCUUGCUGACGUGAAAUCGCCAGUCAAGGAAAUCCCGGCGGUGAUCCAUCUCCUCACACAAUCACCGCCCUCUCUACAGCGCGCAACAAUUGAGAAGUACUUCACGCCAGACGCAGCUUUCUCACAUCCGUUCUGUAGAACAUGGAGCGGGCCAAACUCUCGAUGGCUGGUCGACGCGACCUACCGUUGGUACAAGAUCAUGAGCCCCAGAAUUGAUCUGACGGUGCAGAGCGUCGCAUUCGACGAAGCGAACUUGACGCUCUAUGUGACAAUCUUCCAAAUCUUCCGCAUCUGGGCAGUGCCCUUUUACUACGCGCCGGUCCGUCUGACCACGGUUCUCAGCCUACGCCGCUCACCUUCGACGGGUAAAUACCUGAUUGAGAAACAAGACGAUCUUUACCAAGUAGAUCAAUGGAUACGCUUCAUUGCACCCGGGGGCUGGGUGCUGAUCUGGAUUUGGCAAGCUUGGGCUACCCUGUUUUGCGUGCUAGGCACAUGGCUGCUGUGGCCAGUAACAUGGGUCGAGGAGAACUGGGGUUGGGGCGAGGGCAUAGGGGUGGAGAGUAAUAGGGAGAUGAGAAAGGCUGGAGAAAAGGGUGAGAUUAGGAGUGAUGGACUGACCAAGGACGAAUCGGACCGGGCCUCAUCAUUCGAGGGCGCUCAGUCCCCUUCACGGCAUCGCAACCCUACCACAGACGAUCCCCAAUAUCACUACGACAGCCUCCAAGAAAAAGAAGUCGGUGUGGCUGCUAGUGGACCCCACAUUCGACGCAGGCCAUCCCGGACCACUUCGGGCACCAAAGGCUCCCCGCCCUCUUCCUCCCUGUCUUACAACGAGGAGCAAAACGAAGACGACAAGAAGAACAAAGCAGCCCGCACCACUCUCAAGAAACUUUUAAGACGCGACUCACACCAGGGUGAAUUGUCACCUACGCUGCGUGGCGGGCAAGAAGAGUUGGACGAAGAGGGAAGUACCGUGGGAUAUAUACCCAGACUCGGCCAAAUACGAGAGAAAAAGACCACCAUGCAAUCAAGACGUCGAGGAAGUUCCAUUGUCAGCUCUACAGGUCAGCCCAGAGCGCUUCGUCGGCGACACACAGAAGACAGUGCUGCAGGUCGCUCACGCAGGCAAAGUCCUACUAGUUCCAUGAUGAGUGCCACUGAAUCAGAUGUCUUCAAGUAUCUCCAGCCGGAUAAUGACACUGAGAAUCCUACAACGGCAUACCUGCAGGGCUUCGUUCCGUCGAUCAGUGCUCCUUCCUUUUUGCCCUCCCCGCCUCUGACUGACUCCAACUUGAGCGAUAAGCACCCAUCCGCAGCAGGAACAGAUUCCAAUGGAUUAGAAAUCCCUUCACAAACAUUAGAACAAAAAUCCAGCCCAAUGGUGUCUCAGCUUCCUCAUCAAGAGUUUCGCAAGUUCAAAAAGCCACUGUAUGCUAGCAGCUUUGUGCAUGGGCCUAGGGAUGAAGACGAAGAGACAGUCGCCCAGAGCGGAGAGAGUGAAGGUAGUUGUACGGAAAGUGAAGAAGAGGCCAAACCCAGCGUUAAGUCGUCUAAAAAGUCUAAAAAGUCUAAAAAGGUCACAAAUAAGGUUUCUCCACCCCGGGCGCCAUCUACAUCAUCCCGCGGUAGCGACCUUCAUGCCAGACGCCUAAAGCAACAGGAGCGAGAGCUAGCCAAUCACAUAUUGAAGAACCCCAAACCACAAAAGGGAUUCCAAUUCAAUGGAGGUACACCCGGCCAGGUCUAUCCACCUACGCCCAUGUACAGUCCUCAGGUAUACUCUGGCGGAUCUCCAUCAGUUAUAAGCAACGGUGCAGCAAACUCACCACAGGGUUGGUCGCCUAUGCACACGUUUCCAGCCCCAUUGGCCAUUGGCUAUGCACCACACCAAUCCCCAGAAGUCGCUCACGCAUAUCCACACAGUCUGGUCAAACAGAUACCACAGCCGUUCUCACCUCAUCCAGCCCAAGCGCAACCUUAUCAGCAACACGGCCCGGCAUCUACUCAGACCAAGCCGGCUCUAACAGGCUAUGAGCUUCUGGCGAACGAACUUAGCGCACCCUCGCAAGGUGAGACAGCACGGGAAGUCAACCUCGUACCCGUGUACCGUAAGUUUGAGCACCUAAAUCACCGGGUGCUGUUGCACCUACAAGACGAGAUGAGCGAGCUUGAAGAAGAGCUGCGUACGCUGGACCGAUGCAUUGCGCAAAUGUCGCCCAAGGAUCCCUCAGGUCACGCGUAUCCUGCGUCUCGACGAAACGACGCGCGGUACGGCGGCGAGUCGCACUUCAAGAGAACCGAGCUGCUGGGUCGCAUAUUCCAGAAACUGGAACAGUACAAUAAAGCUCUGUCCUCUUUCGGCGAUGUGUCGAGCAAGCUCCGUCCAGCCGGGGAAGACGAUGUGGCGCGAUAUCGUGAGUGGAUGGAUGAGCACGAGCCGAUUGAUUAUGCAGAGAGUCGCUUUCUGGAGCGCGCGUCUGACCUUGUCACCGUGCCGGGCUCGGCGGCGGCUACUACUACUACUACUUCGACGACGGCAACAAUGGCAGCGGCGGGCGAACAAGGGGCCGGGCAUCAUCAGUCAGCAGCCGUGUGGUUCCCGCUGAUAUUGGCGGUGCCUCUGCUGGCGUUUACUAUAGUGCCGAGCCUACUGGGGCGUCUGGUCGUUAUCGUGCUUAUCGUCGGGGUGGAGCUUAAGAUUAUCUCUUCGGCACCCGAGAUACAGCGUUUCUUGUCGCUUCAGGAGUGGAAGGCUGCAGCAUCGGUGUAA